UUGCUAUUUGUUUCCUCUUUGCCUCAUCACUCCCAGUCCCAAGGCCCCUCCCUUUCCUUGACAUGGAGCUUGAGCUUAGUCUAGGCGAUCUUCCAGCUCCAGUGAAGGCCAACACCAUGCCUGCGCCGGCGACAUGCCAGGGAGAAGACCACGACGACCUUGCACUAGGGCUAGGAGUAACGGCUACCGAAAGAGCUGACCAAGAUAACCAGAGGACAAGCAUGGAAACCUUGGAGGGAGAAGCUGAUAGCGACGAAGCAUGCCCCAAACUGUCUGUCAGAGCAAGUCCUCUUCGCCAAACAGCGAGUGCGAAUUUACGCGGGUUCGAUGUGAACGCUGCUAUUCCGGUGGAUGGCAGAGCAUCGAUGGCGAGGUCUUCGUCGCCGCCGUCCAUGCAUAUGGAGGUUCCUGUGACACAGGGAGUCGAUGAGGAAGCUUCAGAGGAUGAAGAGAAUGGAGGUGGAAGGGUGAGGAAGAAGCUGAGGCUGUCCAAGGAACAAUCUGCGUUUCUAGAGGAUAGCUUCAAAGAGCACAACACGCUAACCCUGGAACAGAAGAGCCGUUUAGCCAACCGGCUGAGCCUUCGACCACGCCAAGUUGAGGUCUGGUUCCAAAACAGAAGAGCCAGGACGAAGCUGAAGCAGACGGAGGCGGACUGCGAGCACCUGAAGCGUCACUGCGAGGCGCUGGCACGGGAGAACCGUAAGCUGCAACGGGAGGUGGCGGAGCUGCGCGCCUACGGCCGUGCCCCAUAUCCACCCUACAAUCACCACCUGCUGUCUGGGUUCAGCACGGUGCUCCCCGCAGCGUGCCCGUCAUGCGUCGCCACCACUCAUUCCACCAUCGCCGCCGUGUCGUCUCCGGGACCGGCCGCGUCCACCUUGUUUCCCAGGCCUCGCUUUGGCGCCUUCACCGCCGGCCACCCGGUGCUCCGCCGCCAGCCAUCGACGACGUUGUGACGUGGCUAGCUUAGCUAGCCCGUCCAUGUUGCGUGAGCUGUGUAAAUACUCCCUCCGUCCCAUAAUAUAAGAACGUUUUUUAAAAACGUUCUUAUAUUAUGAGACAGAGGGAAUAGUUUCUUGGUUUUUUGUCACCAGUGAUGUACAUACAUAGAAAGGAAAAAAACCAUCAAUGCAUACUUUAAUUAGCCAAGUUUAGUUAACAGUAGAUGAACUCGCUUAUAUAGUAGGUGUGGAAUUUGCGUGAUUGCGUACGUGGCUGACUUUGGAAAGUUGAAUUGGCUUUUGUAAAAUAGUAUGAUGAUAAUGAUGAUGUGGUUUGUAGACU